UCUUUUACUGUUUUCUUUUUUGGACACCCUCUUCUAUUCUAGUUCCAGCACCAUCUCAAACCGCCAAAUUCAAUUUUGUAUUCUUUUAUGAAUUUUUCCCUUAUAAUUUCGGUGAUUAUUAUCAUCUUUUGCAGUCUAAAAUAAUAAGAAUUGUAGAAUCAACGGCUACAAAUAGGCCUCCCUCUCUGCUCUCAUUUGCGCUCCAAGGAAAAUGGAUACCAUUUCAAGCUCAGCUUCACUCUCAACUCCGCGGUUCCGGUGCUUCGAUCCUACAAACUCUUAUCAUUCAACAACAACAGUCAAUCACAGGCCUUAUUUCUUGACCUUCUCUGCAAAUUCUACCACCGCUAGUACCAGAGAUUGCUCUUCCAAGGACGCCAUGAAAAAUUCUACAAAAUACGAGCCCAAGAUCAUCACCGGUGACGAUGGCUACGUUCUUGAAGACGUUCCUCACUUGACAGAUCACAUAUCUGAUCUCCCUACAUAUCCCAAUCCAUUACAAGACAAUCCUUCCUAUUCAGUUGUCAAGCAGUAUUUCGUUAAUGCGGAUGAUACUGUAGCCCAGAAGAUUGUUGUACAGAAAGACAGUCUAAGAGGAACUCACUUUAGACGUGCUGGGCCUCGUCAAAAGGUGUACUUUGAGUCAGAUGAAGUGCACGCAUGUAUUGUAACAUGUGGUGGUCUAUGCCCUGGUUUAAACACAGUGAUUAGAGAAUUAGUGUGUGGCUUGUAUCACAUGUAUGGUGUUAACAGAGUUCUUGGGAUAGAGGGAGGAUACAGAGGCUUUUAUGCUCGGAAUACAGUUUCCCUGUCACCGAAGGUUGUGAAUGAUAUCCAUAAACGUGGUGGCACCAUCCUUGGGACGUCUAGAGGAGGCUAUGAUACCUCCAAGAUAGUUGACAGCAUCCAGGACAGGGGCAUCAAUCAGGUUUAUAUAAUUGGAGGAGAUGGAACUCAAAGAGGGGCUUCAGUGAUUUUUGAGGAAAUUAGAAGACGUGGCCUCAAAGUUGCUGUGGUUGGAAUUCCAAAGACAAUUGACAAUGACAUUCCGGUUAUAGACAAGUCCUUCGGUUUUGAUACUGCUGUUGAGGAGGCUCAACGAGCUAUUAAUGCGGCCCAUGUUGAGGCUGAGAGCUUUGAGAAUGGUAUAGGUGUUGUCAAGUUAAUGGGACGGUACAGUGGAUUUAUUGCAAUGUAUGCUACUCUUGCCAGCCGAGAUGUGGACUGUUGCUUAAUUCCAGAAUCACCCUUUUACCUUGAAGGCCCUGGUGGACUUUUUGAAUUCAUUAGAAAAAGACUAAAAGAACAUGGGCACAUGGUUAUUGUAAUUGCUGAAGGUGCAGGACAAGAGCUUCUUUGUGAAAGUAUGCGUGCUAUGGACCAGCAGGAUGCUUCAGGAAACAAGUUACUCCAAGAUGUUGGUUUGUGGAUAUCCCAGAAAAUUAAAGAUGACUUUGCAAACAGGGAAAAGAUGAAUAUAACUCUCAAAUACAUUGAUCCCACUUACAUGAUCCGUGCUAUUCCAAGCAAUGCGUCUGACAAUGUGUACUGCACUCUACUAGCUCACAGUGCCAUUCAUGGUGCAAUGGCAGGAUAUACAGGGUUCACAGUUGGCCCUGUUAAUGGAAGACAUGCUUACAUACCAUUUCAUCGGGUGACUGAGAGACAGAACAAGGUUGUAAUUACUGAUAGAAUGUGGGCAAGACUUCUGUCGUCAACAAAUCAGCCAAGCUUUGUGAAUCCUAAACAAGUAAUUAAAGAUAAAGACAUUGUAGAUGAAGAACCACGGAGCCAAUUACUAAAUGGGGAAAAUCACAUCGAUACGCUGACAACCCAGGAAAGGGUUUAAAACAAUACAUGCCAAAUUGAGUAACAUUGCUGUGGAGAACAUACUUCUUGCAGCAUCCUUUUCGGAUGCUGGCUUUGGUCAUGUUCUAUUUAGUACCCUGUUUCAGAAACUCCCGCAAGGUUUUUGUGCAAGUUGCUGUAAGUUUUCAGGCUUGUUCUUUCUUGUUGUAGUACCAGAGAAACAUUUGUAAACCAGCCUAAGCAGUCAGCAUUCUAAUCCCUGGAGGCGUGUUUUUCCAAGUCAUUCAGCUGCGUAUAAAGUUGUUAGAUCAGUGGUCAAAACAAGUAAUUUUGAACUGUUUGCUUUU